AGUUCGAGAUCAAAAGGACCUGACAAAACUCUAUGCAGUGAAAGUGGAGAAGAAAAUUGAAAGUAGGAAACACUCCAAACUUAAAAUGGAGAUCGCCAUCUUGAAACCUAUAUCACAAGAAAGGAAGAAGUCACAUUUCACAACAAUAGUCGAUCGAGGGAAAAAGGAAAACUACCUUUUUCUUGUCAUGGAGCUGGUCGGAAAGAGUUUGGUGGACCUAAAAAGUUACCGACCGGGACGGGUUUUUUCCAUAUCAACGGGAUUAGGUGCUUCAAUUCAGCAUUUGGAGGCUUGCGAAGAUCUACAUAAGUAUGGCUUUAUCUAUCGGGAUUUUAAACCGGCAAAUUAUGCUUCUGGCCUAAAAGAGAAGGAACGAAUAUGCACAACACCUUUUGCAUCUAUUUCAUGUCAUAAAAAUGUCGAAAUGGGAGCGAAGGACGAUUUCCAAUCCUGGUUCUACUUAUUGAUAGACAUAACAUUUCCGAACGGUGAGCUAUGA